GGGUUUCCUUGGCGGAGCUCGACUUCCAUUUUGCGGUGGGGGAUUCCACCAUGAUGCCACGGCGUGGCCGGGGGAGACGACCCCAACUUCCAGCGUUUCACAGGCGACAAGCUCUACCUGUCUCUCUUCGGCAGCCCCCUUUCCUUUGUGUGAUGGAAGGAGGUGUAUCUGACGAGCCCGUGGCCAUGGCGAUCGCUCCGGCUGUUGCGUUGGCCCCCGGGAUGAAAGAGAGGAAAGCCUGCCCAUCCUCAGCGCAUGACUUCUUUUCCUACUUGAAGGAAAAAGAAGAGGAAGAGGUGGACGCUGCUGACCUGGGGAGCUUUUCACCCAGCACUUCUGCUCUAAUGGCGGAGAAGCAGCACUGCCCUUCUGAAGUCCACGAGAUGCUUUCGUACUUAAAAAAGGAGGAAGAGGAGGAGGAGGAGGAGGAGGUGGCUGAGAUAGUGUCUCUGUCCUCCUCACAUGUUCUUCCACCCCCUGCUCCUCCUCCUCCUCCUCCUGCACUACCAGCCUACGCGUCUCCGGCUACAACAGGCAGGUCUAUCCUUCCAGGGGGAAGGGAGAUGUUCCAUAUCUUCACGCCCAUAACCCACAUCCCUGCUUCAGCUCAUGCCAAGCGAGGUCGUGACCGGGAGAUGUUAGCAGCAGAUGGAGUCCCGACUGUGCAGAAGAAAACCACCUCGGCUGUUUGGGAUUACUUUACUCUGGACCCACAGGAACCCUGUGUGGCGGUUUGUGGCAUGUGCCAGAAACGAGUGAGGAGAGGGAAGGACGGAGGCACCCGACCAGGCACCACAGCCCUCCAUAAGCACUUGAAGGUCCAUCAUGGUCUUCACCUGCCAGGCGUUGCGGUGGUCCCUCCAUCCCCACUGAUGCCCCUGAAGGAGAGGUUCCACAGCACUCCCAUGGUAGUCACAGAGCCAGCUCCUCCAGCCUUCCUGUUUUACCAGCAAGAGAGGAAUCAACCCUACUACCCUCCCACCCACCCAACAGCCAUCCAGUUGGCUUCUGAUACUGCCUGGAUGCUAGCGGUGGACAUGCAGCCCUUCUCCUGCGUGGAGAGUGAAGGAUUUCGUCGGCUGAUGGCCACCGCCCAGCCUCGUUGGAGGAUCCCUAGCCGGGCGUUCUUCACCACCAAGGCAGUGCCUGAGUUAUCCAAAGUGGUCUCCCGGGCUGUGCGGCAAACCCUGGCCUCCAGUGUUGGACGCACGGUCCAUAUCACAAUAGACAGCUGGGGUGACAGGCAAACAGCCACGUACAUGUUGGUGACAGGACACUGGAUCUCAGACUUAGCAGGCACCCUCGUCAGGCAACACGCCACUCUGUCAGUGUGUACUUUCGAGGGCUGCUGUCCCCCAGAGGAUAUCUGCCACAAACUGCGGGAAGUCCUCCAGGAUUGGCUAUGUAAUCUGAAGACGGGCGGGGUGGUGUCCGACAGUGGGACCAACGCCGCCAGGGCGGCGCGAGAACUGCGCCUCAAGCACAUUCCUUGCUUGGCCCGCUGUCUGAAGCUGGUCACCAAAGCGUUUUUGGCUGGGGAUGCUCAAGUCGGGAGUCUCCUGAAGACGUCCAGAAGGAUCUGCAGCUGCUACCACCGCUCGGCCACUGUCCGACGGCGUCUCCUGGAAGUGCAGGCCAACUUGGGCUUAUAUCAGCCUCUGGGGCAAAACACUCCGCCAAGGUCCAACUCUACCUUGCUGAUGUUGGAGUGCCUGUACAGGCAGCGCCAAGCCAUCGGGGCCAUGCUGGAUGAAGAUGAAGAUGGUCCCCACCUGCUCUUGGCGCCUGCAGACUGGAAGGUGAUGAAGUGCUUGGUGGAGAUCUUGAAGCCGUUUGAGGAUGCUGCUGCACUGGUGAUCCGGCCUGACGCCACUCUUUGCCAGGCACUUCCCCUCCUGUGGUUCUUGGAGGAACAGCUCAGGGCCUUGAGGACCAGAUACCACCAAGAAAAUAAUAACACUGCAGCUCACCUGACCACGCAGGCUUUGGACUGCCUUGAGGCUGACAAUCAGCUGAGAGAAAUAAAGGACAAUAUGAUGUAUCGGAUCGCGGCCUUCCUUGACCCCCGAUUCAGGGACAUCACCACCAUGAAGCUGGGUGGGACAGACUUCAGCGAUGCAACCUUGCUGAAGAAGCACAUAGUUGACUUGGCCACCAGGUCCUACGUGCCUCCUGGAGGAGCAGACACGGACUUCUCCCCAGUUAGUCACUCUUCUCAAGACCAAAACGCCAGCUCCAGCAGCUCUCCCGGUUCAGCAGCUUGGCAGUUCACCAUGAAACGCUGGAGGGCCAUCACCAAAAGUGAUCCUGCCUCCAGUUUGACUUCUGAAGGGGGAGCAGCCACAGCCCUCCGGGAAAUGGAAGAAUACCUCCAUGACAACGUGGACCAUAUUGGAGAAAAUGCCGAUCCAAUGCUAUAUUGGCAAGGGAAGAUGGCAGUGUGGCCAGCUCUCUUCAAGGUGGCCGUGUACCACUUUGGGUGCCCACCAACAUCUUCGUCGUCCUCUGAAGACCUCUGUGGUGCUCCCAAUUCAUCAGGACCAAGAGAGCACCCCAAGAAUCUUUCCCCAGCCAACAUUAAAAUGUUCAUGUUCAUCCGUAGGAAUCGCCACCUCGUCCCUCAAGAUUGGAGGCUGUCCCUCGGAGAUAUUUCUUCCCAAAAUCCCAUGGGUCCAAGAGAAGACCUGAGUGUGGAAGAGGAAGAUGACUUUCUAAGAUUGGAUGAAGAGCAUGAGGACAAGUAAAGAAGAAAACUUCUAUACUUGGGUCGCUACCGUGGCAUAUCCUUAUUCGUUCGUUACAGCCGGACUGACCAUCUUCUCAUGCUUCAUAAAGAUUCUUAAACACUGGUUAAAAUUGAUUGGAGGUUCCAAAUGGUACCUUUGAAUCUAUAAAUGAAGACUCAGUCAUCCAGGCCAAAAGUAUCUAAAAAGGUUGAAUCAUGGCAACUGGACCAGAGUUUCUUAAACUGAGACGUUUCGUUCAUCCUUCAUCAGUCAAAAUAAAAACAAAAAUAGUUGAGAGUCAUUGGAAUGUACUAACUCUUGCCAUACCAACUGCAGGCCUUUCUCCCCAAAAUGCAUUGCAAUAUGUAAAUGAAGACUCAGUCAUCCAGACCAAAAGUAUCCAAAAAGGUGAAAUCAUGGCAACUGGACCAAAGGUUGUUCAACUGAGACGUUCUGUUACUCAUCCAAGUAAGAAGAGUUGGUACAUUCCAACAACUCUCUUGACCCACUGCCUAUUUUUUUAAUUUUGAUUUUGAUUGAAGAAGUGGCUUGGAUGAGUAACUAAGUUUAACAAACUUGGGUCCGGUUGCCUUGAUUUAACCUUUUUUACACCUUUGAAAUCAACUUUUCUUCUUCUGAUCUUCUGAUUCUUACAUUUAGUCUUGUGGUAGUGUGGUGGUAUCUGCCCCCAUUUCAUGGAUGGAAAUGCAGUUUGUGUAUUUUCAAUAAUUCACUGAUAAAAUUCUUGAAACAGGGUGAGGUUUCCUUAACACCUUUUGAAAGCAGAUGGAGAAGCCUGCCUUAUCUGCUACCCUUAAAAAAACUGCAGCUCAAAUGGAAAAAUCAUUCUGGUCCAUAAUGCAAGUAGUCCUCAGGUUACAAACAUUGGUUCAGCAACUGUUCAAAGUUAGGAUGAUGCUACCUACAGCUGGUCCCUGCUGGCUGUGGCAAGAUCCCUUUGGUCACAGCAAGCCAAAGUCCUGUGCUUGUGAUUUCCAACAUUUCCCAAGAGAAGUCAUUGGGGAAGCCAGCAGGAGCUUAGAAGUGAAUUCUGUGAGGUCCUCGCUUAAUGACUCAGGCUGUCCUUGCUGAACAAGGGCAACUAACUGGCAUUGUUGGAAUUGCUGUCAUUAAGCAGCAUGUUCUUGUGAGACUGUGCUUUAUGAUCACAUCCGGUUCCAUUCCAAAGCGCUGUCGUAACCUGAGGACUACCCGUAGCUCUGUUGACCGACUUUUGUUAGGUUUACUCCGUAAUAUAAGGUUUGGUUUGAGUUUAAUGUUGUGUGUGAAUUACAUACGAGAGUGUAGAGCUUUAAAUUGUACGAUCUGAUUUCAUAUUCUACCAAGUUACAGUUUGUUUAGCCAGAGUUUCUUGACUAAGCCACAGUGCCUGAGUUCACCAUGCAAGCUAAGCCCAAACUUGGCAAAACAAAUACACCAUAGGAUUUUAACCAUAAUGGGCAGCAGGUCACAAUAUCAAUCUGAUCCUGAUUAAAGCAAAACCAUGGCUUAGCAUGUGUGUGAACUCAACCUGAAUCAUACAAGCCACCCUGUCUCCUGCUUCGGAAAAGCUUCCAUGUAUCUCGCUUUGGGAAACUUUUACAAAUUAAUUAACGCUGUCAGGAUUGUAUUAGUCCAUUGGUUUCUUCACCCCCCUUUGCUUUGUUUCCUGUUGCAGACACCCUGGAAAAUUUCUCGUUUGAACUGGCGCAGCACUUGUUCUUGCAUGUAAAUAUGUAUGUAUGUAUGUAUGUAUGUAUGUAUGUUUUCUGAGGUUUUCGCGGGUAUUUGUAUGUAGGUCUUUGGUUAUUCGGGUUUUCUCCCACGUAAA